AUGGCGAACAUUCCCCCCUCCUUCGCCGGGGUCUCGCCGCCGUCCCCCUCUCCGAUGGCUGGCAGCAGCAGCGGCCCCGCCGUGGGCCAGGCAGCCAAGGAUAAGAAGAUGGCGUCGGCGGAGCAGCUGGUCCUGGAGCUCUGCGACCCUGAACUGCGCGAGAACGCGCUGCUUGAGCUCUCCAAGAAAAGGGAGAUUUUUCAAGAUCUUGCCCCGCUGCUUUGGCACUCGUUUGGCACAAUUGCUGCUCUACUCCAGGAGAUUAUAUCUAUUUACCCGUCACUCUCACCCCCCACACUGUCACCUGGAGCAUCAAACCGAGUUUGCAAUGCUCUUGCACUUCUUCAGUGUGUUGCAUCGCACCCUGAGACCAGGAUCCUUUUCUUAAAUGCUCAUAUUCCACUGUACCUGUACCCAUUCCUCAACACUACCAGCAAAACGAGACCUUUUGAGUACCUAAGGCUUACUAGCUUGGGGGUCAUUGGUGCUCUUGUCAAGGUUGACGAUACUGAAGUCAUCAGUUUUUUGCUGCAAACUGAAAUAAUUCCUCUGUGCUUGCGAACCAUGGAGAUGGGUAGUGAGCUAUCCAAAACUGUGGCAACUUUCAUCGUCCAAAAGAUUCUUCUAGAUGAUGUUGGGCUGCGCUACAUUUGUGCCACUGCUGAGCGUUUCUUUGCUGUAGGCAGUGUUUUAGCAAACAUGGUUGUUUCACUCGCUGAUCAGCCCUCCACAAGGCUGCUGAAGCACAUCAUUCGCUGUUACCUCAGGCUGUCAGAUAACCCUAGGGCCUGUGCUGCAUUGCAGAGCUGCCUUCCAGACAUGCUCAAAGAUGGGACAUUCAAUAACUGUCUUAGGGAUGAUCCAGCGACAAGGCGCUGGCUCCAACAGCUCCUGCACAAUGUGACAGGCGGAGGCAUGGGAGUAGCUCCUCAACCAGGCAUGGAUCCCAUGAACAUGGGAAUAUGA